AGGCCACGAGUCGACGAAGAGGAAAUGCGCGCGCGGUGUCAAGACAUCGCUGAAGCACUUGGAGGAGCAGCUCUCGGGAAAGUACGAGUGGGCCGAAAUCUUCAGGGCUGACCCUGAUGCCUUGUUGGGUUCGCCCAAAACCUUUGUGCACCUGCCACUUACAGCCUAUAGCGAGCCGGUGACCGCCGUCAUGGGCCGCUUCGGCCGGGGCCUGGCGGUGAGGCGUGACGUGGCAAUAGGAGACUUGCUGUUUGUGGACAAGGCGUGGGUGGUGGGGAACUACGAAGAUCUUUUGGACGCGGCGAUGAAAAGCUUGGAGGACUGCAGUGACUUACAGCUCCACAGGCUGAUGGAGCUCUAUGAUGGCACCAAUGGAGCCAACCCUUUGGUGGAGAAACUCCUGCCCGGACGUGUUGCCCGCAACGUUCCCCUGGACCAUGCAGAGCUGGACGAGGAACGCCUGCAGAGGAUCUUACGCUUCAAUGCCAUCACUCGAUGGUCCCUGCUGGAUGGUGAACUCAGCAGCACUGUGAAGGGUGACGACGGUGACGGAAAUACGCCAGGAACCACUGGGACCGGAUACGCCGCGGGGUUAUGGUGUUUGGCUUCCUUCGUGAACCACAGCUGCAGGCCCAACGUGAAUUUCACUUUCCUUGGGGAUGUGCUCACCUGUCGCGCCACGCGGAAUCUCAAGGCUGGGGACGAGCUCUUGGUGGGUUACGUUCGCCUGGAUCGGCCCUUGCUGUUUCGCCGGAAGGAGCUCAGCGCGACUUUUGACUUCCAUUGCACUUGCCAUCGGUGCAUCCUCGAAGAAGCUUUGGUGCCUGAUGGCAGCAAGUACCUUCAGCAGAUUGAGCGGCUCACACAGGUGCCUUCCAAGGACAAGAGCUUCCCGUGGAUUGAGGCUUGGUCCAGCCUCUACCGACAGAUGGAGUACGAAAUCUCUUUGUCGAUCAAGCAGCGUGGGAAGGAAUUGGAUCAGGAUCUUUCCUUGGCCAAUUCCCUGGAUGCGCUCUUCGAGAAAAGUUGGACUCCGGAGCAUGAUCAGCAGAGAGAAGAACGGCUGAAGCAUCAGGAGGAGCUUCGGAACAACAUUGCGCGGCUGCAGGGUCAAGCCAAACCCGUAGGCUUUGAGCAUCCCGGACGUGAAGAUGUGUACUCUUUGCAGUUGCAGCGCUUGCUCUGCGGCUCCUACUCGAGCGUGGCAAUGGAAUCUGCGCGGCUGUGGAGGGAAGUGGCUUCCCAUGCCAACAGUGCACGUGAUUGCUUCUGGGUAUGCCAGCAGCUGGAGGAGAUUUGUCCGGCCAGCUCGCUUCACGCGCACUGGGCCGGGGCAUGGGCUACACGGAGCUGGAAGCACUUCAUGCGGGAGGAGCGCGUGAACAUCACCAAGAAGCUACCACCUUCACCCAUGCCGUCUGAGCUGCUGCGCGCUGCCAGCUAUGCACGUCGGAGUUACAGCCAAUGCUUCGGCCCGCGGCUGUGGCUGCCACAAGCGCAGCAGUUGGGCUGGCCCAUUCAGCUCGUUGCUGCCUCACUGAGAGAAGAGGUCGUAGUAAAGCUGCCGCCGAGGAAGCCGAAGCAAACGGCACCCCGCCGUCGGAUGAAGUGCUACAAGGCCGCGUCGGUGUGUUGGAACGACGCGAGACAUAUGCAGGUGGAGAUGGAAGAGGUUCAUCGUCCAACCUUGCCGGAGACAGAGGCCAUGUCAGAAUUCAGUGCAGCACUUCAGUCGCUUUUCCAAGUGAUGUGAGCUGGGCUUGUGGUUUGGUGAUCGUAGGCGCUAUGGCAACUGUGCAUCUAAGGAUAUCUAAGGAUAUCUAAGGUAUCCUAGUGGUACUUUGAAU